UUAAUUUUCAAUGGUUUUGUGUAGAUUUAAUUGAUAUUUCAAGUGAUAUUAUAAAGUGAUGGCUGCGGAAAUCUCUCCCACGGCGUUUGUGGAAAAAGUUUCGGAUCCUCGUUUCGAAAAGAAGCCUGCUUUGUUGUCGAAAAUUGAAGCCUCGGGACAAGAAGUCAAUUGCGCUCGUUUCCUGCCAACCGACGAUGGCGUUAUAACCGUUGGAGAUGACAAAUUUGUAAAAAUUUGGGUGAAAAAGGAGAAUGGGCAAUAUUGGCCCGCACUCUCACAUCCCAUGCCCGAAAUUCCCACGUGUGUUCUUAUGAACGGUGAAACGAAGCGGUUGCUAGUCGGACAGAGCAAUGGAACAAUCGCGGAAUUCCGAGUAAAAAGUGAUUACAGAAGUUUGAAGCUUAUGCGAACUUACCUGGCGCAUCAGGCUUCUGUUACAAACGUGAUGCUGUGUUUGGACCGUGAAUGGGUCUUCUCGACUAGUCGUGACAAAUAUUUCCAGGUGCAUUGCUCUGAAACGGGGCGCCGUUUGGGUGGAUAUCAGUGUAACGGCACGUGCACCUCUCUGGCUUAUGACGAUAGGUCUUGCUAUGCAUUCGUUGGAGACUUCUCAGGUGCAAUUCAUGUCGUCAAGUGUGAUCUGGAUUCAAGUGGGAAUUCGGCGAAAGGAGUCAUUCUGGUCACUAUAAUCCGGGGACACACUGGGUGCGUGCAGUCAUUAGCUUGGGACCCGGAGAAAAAGUAUCUUUACUCGGGAAGCGCGGAUCAAAGCGUCAUCAUAUGGGACAUCGGAGGACAGAAAGGAACCGCUUUUGAACUGCAUGGGCACAGCUUAUUUUUGCGCGACUGCUGUGUUCUUUUUUUUAAUCACUCCUCUUGUUCAAUAUUUACCUGUGAUCAGAAAUUGAGAAUAUCGCUCUGGCGAAAUUGCAGACAGCGAGUUAUGAGCGUCUACUUCGUUCCUACUACUCCUGCUCUCCUGCUUUCCUCUGGCGAUGACGCCAUGGUAGCCGUGUGGGACGCUGACACGAAACGCUCGGAGACGCCGGAAUGGCGAGAAUCGAACAACUGCGAGUUAUGUGGCAAAGCUUUCUUUUGGAACGUGACUGCUUUGGUCAGUGGCGGGGAUCUUGCGCUUCGACGACAGCAUCAUUGCAGAGCAUGUGGACGUGCUAUUUGUAGUGAGUGUUCGCCGAACCUGGCACCGCGACCGAAAUUGGGAUUCGAGUUUCCGGUCAGGGUGUGCAGUGCUUGUUGGGAGAGUGACCCACCUGAAUCAACGCGCUCUGGACCGAUGACGAGAUUUUUCGACAGCAAGCAACAUGUGCUGGCUAUCGAUGUUGAUUUGGCUCGAAGGCGAAUUUUAACCUUAGGGCAGGAUAGAAUUGUGAAACUUUGGGAUUUGUCUGUAUUUCUUGAUGGCCAUCGGGGAGCUCAACAGCAAGCGCUCUCAAGAUGA